AUGCACACCAAGCGCGGCUGCAGAAUAACCAAUUCAGGUGACUUCGAGGGCGGCAUUUUGACACCUGAUUGCGACGUCCAUGCUCCUGGACAGCCCGCCAAUGCUGGUUGCUCCAUCCAGUCCAAGGACACCGCAUCGUAUGGGCCUUGGUUCAACGCGAACGGAGGCGGAGUGUACGCCACGGAAAUAAGUGAAACUGCAGUCUCCAUCUGGUUCUUCCCGCGAAACACUGUUCCGGGGGACAUUGAAACCGGAACCCCAAAUCCAAAGGCAUGGCCUAAGCCGAUGGCCAAAUUCCAUGGCGCAUGUGACGUUGCUGCCAACAUCAAACAGCAGAAAAUCGUUUUUGAUACCACGUUCUGCGGUGACUGGGCUGGGUCUGUCUGGUCCACCAGCAGCUGUGCAGCAAAAGCUGCGACAUGCCAAGAAUUUGUACAGCACAAUCCGACAGCGUUCAAGGAAGCGUACUGGAACGUUAACUAUGUCCGCUAUUUCAGCAACAAGGUUCCUGGGGUGUAUUGA